AUGAAUAAUAAUGUUUUGUUACAAGUAGAUGAAGCAGAAGAAGUUGAAAUGAAUAACAAUAUAUUAGCAUUAGCAAUUUCUAAACUAUUAAGUGAUAAAAUACAAUUCAAAAAAAGUUCAGUAUGCCAAGAUCUUCAAUCUGAGCAAAUUUUAAAUUACAUUAAAUGUACUCUAGCACAGUUUGGUGGUUUAUGUUGUAUAAAAGUUGUUGCAUGUAAAAUGUUUCCAAAAUUAUUCUUUCAAAAGUUCAAUAGAAAAAAGCUAAAUUAUAAUCAAAAGCAAAAGUUAAAUUGUGCUUUAUAUGCAGAGUCUACUUGGCAAAUAGAUCAAAAUACAGAACUUUUUGCAAAAAGUUCUUCCCAAUUUUAA